AUGGCAUCGCAGCGAGUCCUCACGGGGACGACACGUAGCGCCCUUUCGAGGUCGGCGCAGACAUCGCUGGCGCUUCGCGGCAGCACCAGCACGACCUUCUCACGAGCACUGCAUUCUCGUCCGAGUCGACCGACGACGAUCAGUCGUCCCUCGUGGGUAACGUAUGGUGGAGCCUCUCUAGCCUUAUCGCUGCCAUUCUCGCUCUUUAGCAAGGGCGGCAAAGAGGGUAAUGACGAAGCAGCAGCAGCAGCAGCAGCGAAGGGCAAUUCCUCGGGAUCGUCCGACAACGCCGAGUCGCAGAGCUCUGCGAUCCUCCGUCAAGCCUCGCCGGCGGCUAUGCGCUCGCAGCCUACGACGCUCAUGUUUCUCAGCGUCAAGGGCUCGCAGCGGUACGAUUGGCAGGAAUGGAUCGGCUACUUUCGAGAAGCAGGCUAUGACAUUCUUGACUGCAAUCUAGCCGCAGCUACGAGCAGCACAGACGAGGCCAAGGUGCUCGGCGAUGAGCUCGCCAGUCAGGUCCGCCUCUCGUCUCUGCAACGCCAGCCUCUCGUCUUCAUCCGCGCCUCGGCUUCUCCUUUAGCGCUACCUCUCCUGGGCGAGCAUCUAGCGUCCAAGCGGCCCAGCGUUGCAGGCAUCGUCAUCGUCACGUCGAGCGAGGGCGCCGGGCCAGAGGCGGUCGACGCACUCGCAAAGAAGCUGGGAGGCAGGGUCAAAGUAGUCAAGGAUGACGAGGAGGGGUUGAGGGACAGCGAGAGGUGGUUGACGGAACAGGGCUUCUAG